GGCCUGAAAUUUGCUUAAGCAGUGCUUCUAAGAUGCUGUAAUGUGCUGACUGGUCAUUAUGGGCAGACGAUACCCAGGGGCAUAUCAUCGUCCAAAUAGCAUAUAUUUCAUAUAACCUAUACUCCAGUACCCUCAUUGUUGAAGCCCUGUGAUCCUUGUCAGAAGUGCUUCCAGGUCAAACUGACUCCAUUGCGGACACUAUGUCAGUGUUCCUCACAACCACCAACAGCCAAACAGAUGUAGUGAAUCGCAACAGUUCAGCUACACCACCAAAUACGCUUAACCUUCGUUCCUCCCACAACAAAUUGGUCAAUUCUGAAAUAAAGAACGGAGAAACCAAGAACAACACCCCUCCAAAGUGUAGGAAGAAAUAUGCCUUAACUAAUAUCCAGGCUGCAAUGGGCCUUGGAGACACCACAGCAUCGCCAGCGAUAGUAAAUAACGCCAACUCAAAACUGGCAAAGAACGGAGAAAACCAGCUGCGGAAAGCAGCUGAACACAGCCAGCAGGUCAUGAACAAGAAUAUCAGUGCAAAUGUUGUCAAAAAUAUAAUCUCAGAAAAAUUGGAGGGCAAGGAGCCAAACUUGCAAGACACGUCUUGCACUGGGCCCUUGUCAUCACAACCGAGGAAGAGUAAGAGCUUCCUGAAUUACUAUGCAGAUCUGGAGUCAUCCACUCGUGAGUCAGAGCAAAAUUAUGGCAACAAUCCUAUUGAUUGUGAGGAAAACACCGGCCUAUCCCAUGAUAAAAGUACAACGAAUGAUGACGUGGCCAGUGACGAGAGCAUGUCUGCCAGUCCUGAAGAUUGCCAAAUGGCCACACUCUCCUCCAGUCCAGAAAUAAAGAAAGAUCCACCCCGACUGGGAGGGAAAACUGACUCUGCAUUGAGUAAAAUGCAGAAUAUGGCCCCCAGUGAUGAAGAUUCAAGUUGGACCACCCUAUCACAGGACAGUGCUUCACUGAGUUCACCUGAAACAGCAGACAUAUGGAGUGAUCAAUCAUUUCAGACUGAUCCUGAUCUUCCACCAGGAUGGAAGAAGAUCAAUGAUGUGGCUGGCAUCUAUUAUUGGCAUAUACCAACAGGCACCACCCAAUGGGAGCGGCCAGUAGCUGCAUCAACUGAGGCUUCAGACACACAGAAAGAAUCAUUGAGUUCCAUUACUCCUUCUCCAACUCCAGAAAAUGAGAAACCAUGGACUGAUUUUGCUGUGCUGAAUGGUGGAAAGAUUAAUAGUGACAUUUGGAAGGAUCUCCACGCUGCCACUGUAAAUCCAGAUCCAAGUCUGAAAGAGUUUGAGGGAGCAACUCUACGCUAUGCUUCUCUAAAACUGAGAACAGUACCACAGGCUGAGGAAGAUGGUUCCUGUACAAUCAACAGUGACCCAGAGGCAAAGUGUUUUGCUGUACGUUCCCUGGGUUGGGUAGAAAUGGCGGAGGAAGACCUGGCACCUGGCAAGAGCAGUGUUGCUGUGAAUAACUGUAUCCGGCAGCUUUCCUACUGUAAAAAUGACAUCAGGGACACAGUUGGAAUUUGGGGAGAGGGUAAAGACAUGUACCUCAUUCUAGAAAAUAAUAUGUUGAACCUAAUUGACCCCAUGGAUCGUACUGUUCUUCAUUCCCAACCAAUUGUCAGCAUUCGUGUGUGGGGUGUAGGUCGUGACAAUGGGCGGGAUUUUGCCUAUGUAGCAAGAGAUAAAGACACACGAAUCCUAAAAUGUCAUGUGUUCCGAUGUGAUACACCAGCAAAGGCCAUCGCAACAAGUCUUCACGAAAUCUGCUCCAAGAUUAUGGCAGAACGAAGGAAUGCCAAAGCUGUGGCUUGCAGUAUCUCUCAGGAGCGAGUCAAUAUGAACCUUGACGUUCCUCUACAAGUAGAUUUCCCAACACCAAAGACAGAACUGGUACAGAAGUUUCACGUUCAGUACCUGGGUGUGUUGCCUGUGGCCAAACCAUUAGGUAUAGAAAUACUGAAUGGCGCAAUUGAGAGUUUGCUGACCACAACUAAUAAGGAAGACUGGAUGUCUGUUAUUAUGAAUGUUGCUGAUGCCACUGUUACAGUAAUAAGGCAGAAGGAUGAAGAUGAGGUUUUGUUGGAAUGCCGUGUUCGUUUCCUAUCAUUUAUAGGAGUGGGGAAAGACAUCCAUACCUUUGCCUUUAUUAUGGACGCCGGAAAUCAACGUUUUGAGUGUCAUGUCUUCUGGUGUGAACCAAAUGCAGGGAAUGUAUCAGAGGCUGUGCAGGCUGCGUGUAUGCUUCGGUACCAGAAAUGUUUAGUAGCCAGACCUCCUCCUCCAAGGAUGUGCUCUUCCGGUCCUCCAACAGACUCUGUGACAAGACGCGUCACAACCAGUGUAAAACGUGGAGUUUUGUCCCUCAUUGACACUUUGAAACAAAAGCGACCAGUAUCUGAAUCACCAUGAAGAGGAUUGAAAAGAUCCCUUUAGAUACUAGUCUAGGAAUAACUGAGAUAACACAACAUGAUCCAUGCAGAUGUUGAGCCUUCAAGUUAUAUAUGCUGAUCCUCUUCUCUUCAACAUAUAUUGUUUAAUGUUAAAAUUAAUGUAAGACGAGCAUGUUGUCUCAUUCCUCAUCAUGACAUGUUGGGAGGCGCAUGAAUAACUUUCUGCUAUCAACGUUUGAAUUCACUAACCAGUGGAAGGUAUCUGGAAUUCUAUACGCCCUGGACUAAAUGGUGCCCAAGCAGUUUGUCUCAUUGUCAUUCAGACUGGAAUUCUCACAAACAACCUUACACCAGAAGUAUUUACUAGUGCACUUAUUCUGUCACUAACACUGGUGUAACAUAGUGGUGUUUAGACUAUAAUAGAACUGUUCCCUUUCAGUAAGUAGUUUCCUUUUGGCCAUUGCAGUUGUGUGAUCCUGUGUCCUGACUUAUAAGGUGAUCGAAAAUGAUCUCCAGUUGCUCUGCUGUUUGUUGUCUAUGAAGGAAGUGCUAAUUAAAACAAGUUAAACUAAUGUUGAAACAUAGAGGUGUGCAGCACACCAGUUUCAUCAGCUUUCAUAAGCUCAUUUCAUUAAUCAUUGUCCUAGCCACAAGAUGUACAUUUUCCCUGUAACAUAGAACAAUAUUUAGCCAUAAAGCCAUAAAAGUUUAUUAAGUCCUAUGAAUAUUUUUUUAGAAAACAGAAAAGGUUUACUAAUUAAUUUUUAGUUACUGUAUUAGCUUUUAAUCACUUAAAACUUUACAGUUUUAAUAAUCAGAAGCCAUUUGUAGGAUAUAUUCUUUGCUGCUUGGGCCAUUUAUUGAUGAAAGCUGCAUUAUUGUUGUAUGCAGUGUAAUUUGGAAAUAUGCCAAGAAUACCUGGGAGUAUUUCAACCUGUCAGACUGGUGGCUAUUUGUAUUAAUUGUUUGUUUUUGGCUUGCUGUACUGGAUAAUAAAGAUGUCAGUAGUUUUCUUCUGCUUUAAGGUGAUGGAGUGAAAGAAGAAGGCAUGUAUGAAACACCUUAAUAGAAUUAUGAAUUAGUCUUUUUCGAGCAUUCAGCUCCUAGAAUAAGGAAAGUUAGAAAGCCUAUGUGUCAACUGCCCUAAUAAGGAACCUGUCAAAACUACUAAAUCUUUCAAAAGUUCACAUAAACAAUGAGGUAUUUGUUUAUAAAAGUAAAGUCAGUUUAAUUCCUUACAUGACUGUCAAUUGUAAUGUAAAUGUUGUCACCAAAUUGCUAGUUCAAAUUUCUGUUAGCAUUUUCUAAUGUCAAAUAUAGGAGAAAGGUUUGAGUUCAGGUCUGAAGGUAAAUCUGAAGGCAAGAAAAAGAAAGUGAUACAUUUCUAUCAUCAUUCAGCUGGUGAACUAGAGGUGUGUGAGAUGGAUCAGUGCAGAUAGAACUCAUCUGAGCUGAAAGCUGUGGAUAGAAUCACAUCUAGUUUAUGGAGAAUAUUGAAGUAUUGCUAAUGCGGAAAUCAGGCAUCAGCAACAGGGGUUGAAGAUUUCUUCUAAAUGCGACUGAAAAUGUACACAAUAAAUAAUUUGACCAGGGGAAUGAACCCAAAAGGCUAGUACAGAUAUCACUUCACAGUUAUGUUUCUUUCAGGUUGGCAGCAGGUAUUAAUAAUGCUCUUUAGUCAUGCUUUUCAAGAAAUCCCAGUUUCACUUCCUGUUUUAACUGCUCCAAAAGGUGUUGCAUGGCUUCAAAAUCAGUUAAUCUUAAUGUUUAUUUUCUCUAGUUUCAUGCUGCAUUUGAACACAAUGUAAAUAUUUCACUGCUCGCAAUGAGUUCAGAAAAACAAAAUCGUAUUGUGAGCUCCUACUUUAAAAUUUACUGUUGGGAAGAAAGUGGUGUCACAGGUACAGUGGUAGUUGUUUUAAUUAUAAGGUUUUCAAGCUGCAGAUAUACAAGUUGAAGCUGUGCAUUAUUUGCAAAUAGAGGAACAUUGUGUGUUACACCAGGGGUCACAAACAUUUGUGCAGUGCUUUUACAAAAUAUUUAUAACUAAUGCACAUUUCAGCAAAGCCAGGUCUGUGAUUUAAAAGAAAAUCAGGCUGGAUUUGACCAAAUGGUAUGUCUUUGCAGGAGUUUUUGUCAAUUUGUUAAAACAACCUAUUAUUUAAACCAGUUUUGUUUGUUCCUAUAAAAUGCAAGACUUGUAGAAGAAUCAGUACUUUUUUUUAUUUUUUUAAUGAGUAGACAUGCUUGUUGUAACUAGAUUAUAAAUGUUAUCUAUGCAUCCAUUAUAAGCAGUGGCUUUCUAGACAAAUUGCUUUGUCACUGCUCUGCAUGCCAUAUAGAUAUUUUAAGCAAAACAGCAAGUAAACUUUUUUAAAAAAAGGCAAAUUAAUGAAAAUAUUUUUUAUUUUAUUUAUUAUAUUUUAUAUUGAAUUUAUCUCAUAAUUGAGUUGUAUUAUGUUCUACUGUCAGUUCUCACAUUGUAGCUAGUUAAUUUCUAAAUAAUGUAGACUGACAUGAUGAUAAUUAAACAUUCUUUGUUCUUAUUCUGUCCUUACAAUGAGCCAAAGUACUGUUGUGAUAGAGGAACAAAGCCAGUUUCAAGCUGAUUUUGUUGAUGAUAAUUGUAGGUAUUGAAGUAUCAGGAGUUUACCAGAUAGGCUGCCAUUGAUAUAUCCCUUUGUGCUUCCCAACAAUACCCGUUUUACAUGUUAUUUUCAUUACCUACCAACUGGCUAAAAUGUUGAUUUUGUUUUGGCGGGGCGGGGAGAGGAGAAAUGGGGAGGUGUUUAUUGUGCAAGACCCUUGCAGCUUCAAAAAUAAUUUCAUUCUAUGUACAUUAACUGAUGUUUAACGUAUUCUGUUUUUGUGCCUGACUUUCUCAUUGAAACGAGGUAAAUAAUAUAGAAUGUAGUCGUGGUGUCCCUUUUUGAAGGUCUUCUGUAGGAGCAAACAGCUUCUUUUCAUCUAACUUGGCCUCUGCCUUUGAAGAUAUUUUUAAUCAACCUGUUCAGAGAUGUUAAUUACACACCUCUUGAGUAGGUGGGACUUGAAACUGGGCCUCCUGGUCCAGAGCUAGGGACACUCACUCUGCACCACGAGAACUAAACUGUUCGCAUUUGAAAACCUUGCUCAUGAGGCUAAUGUGUGCACAAAUUAAUAUCAAGGAUAUAAGGGUCAUUUCACCAAUUCUUACCUUUAACCUGAAACACUGCACUUCAGCAAGAGUGGAGCACAGAAUUAAUUCUUGUGUUCAGUUUUGCCUCCCCACAAGGAAGUCUUGCUUGUGAGUGCAGGAUGGCCGAUUUUGCCUCAUAUUCAAAAUAUAUGAUUGGUAAUGCAUACUUAAAUUGGAUUAGUUUUUUUGAUAGUUUUGGAUCACAGAGUUGCACUGCGGUCAGUAGUAGCAACAGUCUUAAAAUUAUAGACGUUGCAACCUACCUGAGUCUGGUAUUCUCAAAUCAGACGGUUGGUGUACAUACAAGCUGAGGCACAUUUAAAACCAUUACUGCUCGGACUUCUCAUUUUCUGUUGCGCCUAAAGAGAAAACUGACUGUGUUGCCUUAAUAACUAAAUAGACAGUGUUUCAUUGGCAGACCAGGACGAUCAAUCAAUUUGCAGAUCAUUAGAUAACCUGCUCUUAUAAACCCAAAAGUGCAGUGAAAGCCCAUUGAAUUGACUUGGUGCCCAUGUCCUGCAUAGUGCACUGUUAGUGCACAGCAUAGUAGACACAGCAAGUACAACAUAAGGUUUUCUUUCUCUUCAUUUGGAACUCCUUGUUAAAAGUGACUGGCAUUCUACAUUCCAACAGUUACUACAUGGUUGAUAAUGACCUCUGUUGAAACUGCACAUUUAGCUUUGAUAUCAACAGCCAUCUAACCUGUUUCAUCUUAAAUUGAGUAUGUUGUAUUGUUAAAAUCCUGAGCUGUGUAGCUCAGCAACCACUGAAGCCUCUGAUAUUUUUCUUUUUAUUUUAAUCCUCAUAAUUAUGUACACUUAUUGCUAUGGAAAACGAUCUAUGUUAAAGCUGUCCAGUGGGCCAUUAAGCAGGUGAUUUACAGUACAGUAACUGUUCUCUUCUGCUUCCCACCGAUUUUACACUUGUAAAUGUAAUCCGUUGUGAGAGAAUAAACUGCAUAACCAGUAUGCUUAA